UCUCUUCCUUCCUCCCCCCCCUCUCUCUUACUGAUCGUCAUUUCUCUCUCUAAAAAACCUCUGCAUGUUCAAAUUCUCUCUCCAAAUUCAUAAAAAAAACACUGAAAACGCACUGUGCAGGUCUCAUUUUGAUUCAUUCAGGUAAUGAAGUGCUUGUUUUCAGGGACUUACAAGAUUACAGUUUGCAAGGAUGAUAAAGACUCUUGCUUUGACCCUUUAAUGUGAAGAUGAUCGCACCUUUUCUUUAAAAUUUUGAUGGGUUUUCCUUUAUCAGUCCAGUUUGUAUCUAGUUUAUGCAAAAUUUAGGUUUUGGGGUACUGGGUUAAAAUUCUGGGUUUCGAUCAACAAUUAUUUGCAAGUGAAGAGGAUGUUAGAGACUGAGCUGUGUUCUUCUAGGAUUCUUUCACCUUUUAGAGAGGAGAGUGGUGAUGAAGAGCUAUCUGUGCUUCCUAGGCACACUAAAGUCGUUGUCACUGGAAAUAAUAGAACAAAAUCUGUGCUGGUUGGUUUGCAAGGCGUAGUCAAGAAGGCUGUUGGUCUCGGGGGUUGGCAUUGGCUGGUUUUGAAAAAUGGAUCUGAAGUUAAGCUUCAAAGGAAUGCAUUGAGCGUACUGGAACAUCCUACAGGGAAUGAAGUAGAUGAUGAUAACGAUUUUGAUACCAGCAGUGGCUCUGACAUUGGUGAACAUGAUUUCUACAGGGGCAGUGAGUUCCAUAAAAUUAGCAAGCCAAGGGUUCGACCAACCAGGCCAUGGGUUCCAUCUGCACCUGUAAAGUCAACAAAUCGGAACAGUUACAGAGACGUUCAAUCUAUUAUUCACACACCCAUGCCGACGGUGAACUUAGCAAGACUAGGAACUGAAUCACUGCGGAGAUAUUGCAAAGAAUUCAAACUUCCGGGUGUGAACUCCGAGUCAUCAAGGGAACGGAUACUUAAUGCUGCCCAAAUUCAUUUUCCAUCACAGCGACCAUUGAACGAGGUGCAAGUGGUAGCGGAAUUCACCCGUGUGGCAAAGAGACUGAAAGAGAAGGACGGCCCCUCUGAUUGAAAAUCCUGAAUUCACAAGGCCUUGUAUAAUAAUAUAUAUAUUAUUAACCCUAACCUUUAGCCCAUAUCCUAAUUAUAUACUGAUAUGUGAGAGUGGUUAAUUGGAAGACCUUAUUCUUUCUCCCCCGGAUUCUAACCAUGUAAAAUGGCACACCCCCUAGUUAAUUCCGCUAGAUGUUUCGAGGUCCGUUAUUUAGAAUUGCUUCCCUUAGUUGAUCGUAGAAGAUGUGGAUGAUGUAGAUCUGCGGAGAGGAGAUUCACCGGCUCUUGGGAUAGAUCAUGUCUCUGAUUGUAGAGCUGUUGAAUUGUUGGGCGUCAAAGUAAUCAAAUCAAGAAGGAUCAAGUUGCAAGAAAUAGUGAAUUCAGGGUCUGAAAUUAAUAAAUCAAAGGUUGGAGAAGGGGCAAGAAUAGACAUGAACGUUGAGUUUUAUUCUCUUGGAUCAUUCUAAAGUUCCAUGAAGAAUAGACAGGUUUCCCAGAGGAUAUUUCUUGGUUCACAGGAAACCAAACAGAUCAAUGGGAGGGGGCAGGAGGAGCAGCUCCUCAAUCAUGUAAAGGUUUACCAGAGGAUUCCAGGCUGGAAAACGAGUCACGAGAUCUUUUGCCACGGUAGGGAAUAUGAUGUUGACUCAAGGUUAAUCGGUUAUGGAUGGAUGUCAUUGAGAACGAUGGGUGUACCAAAUAUAAGCCCGCCAAUGACUUGCUCCCCUUUUCCUUUUUCUAGGGGGUCUGAACUUCCUAUUUGAUGCCGCUGCUCCAUUAUUAUUCUCUUGGCUUUAAAAAGUCCACCAACUUGUGACCCCAUUUUUACUCGUCAUGAUACCAGCUUAGUCAUUCACAUCUUA